UGAUGUGCUUCCUUGCUACAGAGCCAGACUGAGGCAUACAGCAACUGGGAUUUACUUUGGCUGCAGUGAGAGAGGAGGCAGUAACUCACCUGCACACAUAUGCGCUAUAGAUACGCUCCUUUCUGAGCUGCUCGCCCCCCACACUCAUUUGUAAGGGCAGUGAAGAAAACUCACAGGCAGGAAUCCUGGUGUUUUGCCUGGUUGACAGCCCUGCAGGUGGCGAGCCGGUGAUGUCGUGGGACUGUGGCCUGAGGUACAUGUUCUCUGUGUCCCCUACGCUGCAGCAGGGGGGUGUAUGUGUCCUGCAUGACAAGGAGGACCUAUCCAGACUGGAGAUGGUCCAGAGACUGGCCAAGGACGGCUGCCGCUUCCUUCAGAACCACAGCAAGGGCCCAGAGAGGACAAGCGAGCUCCAGAGUGACGAGGCUGUCCGUGUGUGUCUGAGGGAGAGGGGCCACGAUGUGCUCGUUCUCCAGAGAAUGUCGUCAGAGCAGCCAGCCCCCUCUGCAUGGGCGAGGGGAGGGGGGAGAGCGGAGGAGAAACACAGGAGGUACAUGGUGGUGUCGGGGACCCCAGAGAAGAUCCUGGAGCACCUGCUGAACAACCUGAUGCUGGACGAUGAACAGGGGACAACACAGGGCAAGGAGACAGAUACACUUCUGGAUGACUUUCUGCUGACCUACCCAGUGUUCAUGUCAACCAGUGAUUUAUGUCAAGCUCUGCUGGGACACUAUUGCACCAAGCGAUACAGAGGGAAAGAGGACAGGAAAGAGGCUCUAGACAGGAAGAGAAAAGUCCUGCACCUGGUGUCACAGUGGAUUGUUCUCUGCAGAGACUUCCUGAGGGACGACGAGCAUGUCAAACUGUUUAUGAAGACCCUGUAUCGUUACGUGUUGGAUGACCUUUAUGAGCACCCAACCCUGGAGAAGGAUCUGAGAGAUCUACAGAAACUCCGACAGCUGCAUCGCAGACAUACGGUGGAUGAAUAUUCUCCUCAAAGAAAGAGCAAAGCACUUUUCCACCAAUUGAGCCUGAAGGAGAACGGGCUCCAGUCUAGAGGUACACAGAGGGAGACCAAGGAAGUGUUGUGUCAUGUGUACAUGACAAUGGACUCUUACCUGAGCGUGCGGGCCCAGGCUGGGGUGGUGGCCCAGGAGAUGCUGCAGGCAGUGGCAGAGAGGAUGGAUGUCCCCCAGGAGGAACUGGUACUGGUGGCCAUCACUUACCCUGGAGGUAGGCUCCUCCUCCAGCCUCAGGACAGAGUCUACUCUGAUUCUUUAAGGGCGGUGGGGAGGCUGCACGUAUGCAGAAAAGACCUUGGUGAAGUGCUGAACCCAUUCACAGAUAACUCAGAGCUACAACAGAGGACAGCCCGCAUGCUCAGUAUGAACACAUGGGAUGUAGCUGUUGCCCUCACCAACUUUGACUGGGCCAUCUUUGCCUCAAUACACGAGCAAGAACUUGUGUAUUUCACCUUCAGCCGCCAUGCCAGCAGCAGCCACACUGUGGCACUAGAGCUGCUGCUACAGCGCUGCAAUGAAGUCCAGCUGUGGGUGAUGACUGAGGUGCUACUGUGUCCUCUGCUCUGCAAGAGGGUCCAACUCAUCAAGAAGUUCAUCAAGAUCGCUGCCCACUGUAAAGCACAGAGGAACCUCAACUGCUUCUUUGCCAUUAUAAUGGGACUGAACACUGCAGCUGUUAGCCGCCUCAGUCAGACAUGGGAGAAGAUUCCUGGGAAAUUCAAAAAGCUGUUUUCAGAACUGGAGACAAUGACAGAUCCUUCUCUCAACCACAAGGCCUACAGGGAGUCCUUCAAGAAGAUGAAGGAGCCAAAGAUCCCCUUUCUUCCUCUGCUACUUAAAGAUAUCACAUUCAUCCACGAAGGCAACAAAACAUUUCAUGACAACCUGGUCAAUUUUGAAAAACUGCACAUGAUUGCAGACACAGUGCGGCUCAUCCGACAAUGUCAGAAUGACCACAUGGGAAAUGGCAUUUCCCAAAAGAGCAACUCAGAAGCUCAAGCCUACAUUGAUUACCUUCAUAUCAUCGACAAUCAGCAGACUCUAUUUGAACUGUCACACAGGCUGGAGCCUCGUGCAUAAAGAAAAACUCUUCCUGUACUUCCCACUCUGUCAGCUGGUCAGUCAGAUCGCCAAGGAACAAUCUACGGCUGUCCCAUAAAUCUCUCAGGACUCAAGUCAGCAUUUAAAAGCACGCUGCUUGACCGUGGCCAACCACAAGAGGGAGCCAGUCAACCAGGAAAACAUGACCAGAGACAAUAACAACAGGCUGUUGACAUUGGAUCUUAGGUUAGCUGUACAAAUGCUUGCAUAGAUUCACUUGUAAAAAAGAUGCAUACAAACACAAUAUGGAAUCAAUCUUUUUCCACUGCAUAAUAUAAGGUGAAAAGUGUUUCAAAUCUCCCAUGUGUGCAUGAGGGAUAGCAUCAGAGUUGUUUUUCCUUCAUCCCAAACUGCAUGGAGAGAAUUGUAUGCAUCUUUUUUUAAUGUGUGCAGUGUUUUACAUCUGGCCUUUGACUGCAGAGGGACGUUCCAUUACAAACAACCAAAGACUAUUUCAGCUAAACAGUCCUUUACACAAACUUGUCACUGCUCUGAGCAGGGUGACCUUCACUAAAACAGAGUCGGCCACAAUCCACAUGUCCACUUUACAGAACUCUGGACACACUCUGUAGCUACUGACCCAGUACAGCAUAUGCACAACAGGCUGAUGUUCUGCUACAGUGGGAGGAAAGACCAUAGAAACAGUGAAAAGCGAAUCUAAACCUACAGUUAAAUAGUUAACCUUUUCAUAUAUUAUUUUCCACUAUAUAUUUUUUCAUUGCAGAAUGCUUGUACCAUAUUCCCAUUGUUUUUUUCAUAAAGAGCAGUGUAGUAAGUAGAUGAGGCUUUAUGCAUUGCUAAAACAGCAUUAUUGUGAGUGUGUGUGUGUGUGUGUGUGUGUGUGUGUGUGUGUGUGUGUGUGUGUGUGUGUGUGUGUGUGUGUGUGUGUGUGUGCGUGCGUGUGUUCGAACUGAUUUCAAACUCAGUCACUGAAUCCUUGUCAGCUGGGAGUGAGUGAAUGAAAGUUAGUACAUCAAGUGUGAGUGAACUAUAAUUACAUCACAUAUUAGUGCCAAAUACCAUUCAAAUUAAUGCUAUAGAUGUCCCAUAUUAAAGAAAAAACAUAGGCAAAAUUAUCUGUAUGUAGUUCAGCUGUGGACAAUCAGUUAGAUGAAGCAGCAGACCCAUGGUAUACAUCUCUGUAUUUGGCAUUAAAAUUAACAGCAAUAGCAGAACCAAAUACUAUGGCACCUUCUGGAUAAAAAAUAUGUAGAAAUAAGGAAAAAGUUAUAGAAGCCAUUUGUUUGUUUAUAGUGUGUUACAGAAAAUACAGUAUUUAUUGUCUAAUUUGGUUGUUUGAAAAUUUAAAUUUUUGCCCUCAGGUUUGGCCAUUUCAAAAGGCCGUGUGAAGUAUUGUGGAUGAAAUUUUGAAUUCUAUUCUUGAAAACUUAUUUGUAUAUGUUGGACUUUAAAGACCAUGACAGACAUUGUGUCAGUAUGCUUUAGCAGUUCUUUUUUGACUUAUUUUGAAUUAACAAUGUGCAGUUAAUUCCAUUUAUAUAUGUUGAUAGACUGAAUGGGGAUACUUAUUUAUUUCUGAAUUAUUUAUUUGGUCUACCGCUAUGAAUCAGUUUAUGAUCAUGUUUUAUGUACAUGCCAUUGUUGAGAUUGUCGCUGGUCUGCAUGACAUGGCAAACCAUUGACUGACCGCCAGUGUCGACUGUGCAUGUAAUAAAAUCUUC